AUGUAUUUCUCGACGUUCAUCUCCAUUUUCCUUGCAAUCGUGACGGAGGCCUCUCCCCUUGCCCGAGGCAGUCGAGUCCUAACUGAAGAUUUUGUGAAGAUCACCAAAGAACUCGAUGGGAUACAAGUCGGAAACUGCGCUGACAUCAACCCCACGAUACCCUUGUGUGACACGAAACCAGCUUUGCCUGCGCCGUCUCACGGAAUGAAGCUGAAAUUUGUGGCGCUUGGUCGGGGUACUCAGAACUACACCUGUUCGUUAUCUGAUAAAUCCACUUCCCCGGUUGCAAUUGGCGCUGUUGCGACACUUUUCGACGCAUCCUGCCUUGCCUCACAUAAUUCUGCAAUACUCCAUGGGCUCCCAUCUGCAAUGAGUAAGGUGUCAACUGAUGCACUUGGGCUUUUUGCCAUGCUCCUCGGUCAAAUGACUUCACGGACAAGCAGUGGGUUGAUCCUUGGAGAACAUUACUUUACGGGCACAGGAGCGCCUAUGUUCGACCUACGCAUCGGAGGUCACAAGGACUGGCUACAGGCUAAGAAGGGUUCAAGCGUACCAGCGCCCUCUCAGGUAUCGAGCCACUCGAAGGACGGAGAAGACAAUGUUCCGUGGUUGAAGCUUGGCUUCGCUGAUGGUUUGGGUAUUCGGGAAGUAUAUCGGAUACACACGUCCGGUGGGCAAGCGCCAACUUCUUGCAAGGGCCAGAAGGAGAGCUUUGAGGUGGAGUAUGCGGCAGAAUACUGGUUCUAUGGUUGA